AUGAAGCAACACCUAGCAGGAGUACAAGGGGAUAUUCGAAAGUGUCCGAAGGUUCCAUUUGAUGUUAGAUUCAAUAUGAAUGAAUCACUGAAAGAAAUAGGAGUAAAAAAUAAGAAAAAAGAAGAUUUUCGGAAGCAUGCAACUCCUUUUGGUGCUGCAGUACAUGACUUGGAGGGUGAUCGGUUAGAUGAAGAAAAUGAAGAGGUUUUCCCAUCACAAAUGACCAUGAAUGAAGGUGGUAGUAGUGGCGGUAAAAAACAAUUUACGAGCAGUAAGAGAAAGAAAACUACGGGGGUUAGUAAUUAUUUUGCUCCACGAACUACUUCUGGGUCUCAGCCUUCAAUUAGGAGUGUUUUGGUUGGAAAAGAUGCAAAGUGGAGAGCAGACGUGUCAGUUGCACGAUUCUUUUAUGAUGCUUGCAUCCCGAUGAAUGCUUUAAAUUCAAUUUAUUUUCAGCCUAUGUUGGAUGUUGUAGCUGCAAUUGGCCCUGGGUAUAAACAACCUACUUAUGAUUCUAUGUGUGUGAAUUUGUUGAGAGAUGCUAAGAAGGAAGUCCAAUUAAUUGUUGACAAUUAUAAGACGAUUUGGCAAGAGGUUGGUUGUACAUUAAUGGCUGAUGGUUGGACUGAUACUUGCCAUAGAUCAUUGAUUAAUUUUCUUGUUUACUGUCCUAAAGGUGUUUGCUUUAUAAAAUCAGUGGAUGCUUCAGAUGUUGUAAAGGAUGCCUUUACAUUAUUCAAGUUGUUUAAGGAAAUGGCUUUAUGGGUUGGACCAAACAAUAUUGUCCAUGUUGUCACGGAUAAUGGAGCAAAUUAUAAAGCUGCUGGAAGAAUGUUGUCGGACAAGUAUGAGAAUAUUACUUGGUCACCCUGUGCAGCCCAUUGCUUAAAUUUAAUUUUGAAAGAUAUAUCUGAGUUGGACCACAUAGUGCAUCUUGCACAACGUGCUUCUGAAGUAACCAAUCUACAUGAGCACAAACAUGACUUGCAAGCUAUGAUGACUGAUAGGUUUUUUGUGGAUUCUCAAUAUGCUAGAAGUAGUAAAGAUGAGAGACCUGCAAUAGGAUACGUGUAUGAUGGCAUGUACAGAGCCAAAAAAGCGAUCAAGAAGUUCUUUAGAAAGAGAAAGACAUUGUACAAGCCUUAUACCAAAAUUAUUAAGCAGCGGUGGGAUAUGCUUUUGCACCGCAACAUUCAUGCUACUGCUUAUUAUUUGAAUCCGGCUUUUCAGUAUGACCGUGCAACUUUCUCUAGGAAACCAGAGGUUAUGCGUGGUUUCCUUGAUGUUGUCGACAAUAAAGCAAGUGCAUUUUAG